UUAGCUCUCGUUUGAACUCUUACUUGGUAAUCUUGUUGAAGAUUUAGCUUCUUAAGUGUCGGUUGUUGGAUUAAUUGUUUGUAGUUUAUUAAUUUUGUGCCUUCUAUCGAUUGUUUACUUGUGUUAUCUUGAUUUACAUUUAAAUUGUUUUACCUGUGGAUAAUUCAUCUGAUUGUUUUGAAUUUUUUGCUCUACUUUUAUUUUCCCUCUUUUUUUGCAUUGAUUUUGGUGUUAUUUGUUUUGAUUGUUAUUUCGGUUCAAUUUUUGGUAUCUCUUGGCUUACAAAUGAACGGUGGCUAUGGAUGAUGUUUAAAUCAAUGGAAUUGAAAUGAGCUGUAAAAUGAUUCGAAGCAAUGGUGGCUCAUGUGGCCGUCGAUUUGCUUCACCUGAAGAUUUACCUUACAUUGUAUGGGAUUCAACGGGAAAUGAUGAAUAUGGACCAGCACCAUCUUUACACAGUCAUCCAGCCUCCAUAAUUACUUAUAAUCAUAUUCCGCCAAUGAUUAAUUCAUGCCAAGCAUCAUCAACUCUUUCAUGGGAUUCAUCUUCAUUUCCAAGACGUUGUUGUUCACCGGCUUGUUGUGCCAUCCUAUUAACAGCCAUACUUAUCCUGGCUGCUCUAUUAACCGUUAUCGGAGUUGCUGUCUACUUGGGUAUCAUAACAAAUCUAAGUAAAGCCACCAUUUUACCAGUCAGUGGACGAUUCCGUGUUAUAUCUGGCGACGAUUUUGUCCCUUCACUGUACAAUACUUCGUCUACAGCAUUCCUCGAAAAGGCCGAAAAGUAUAAUGCCAUUAUUCAUUCUGCUCUCCAAUGGACAUCAAUUGAUAAUUCAAUAAUUAAGAGUGAAGUUUACGCUUUUAGAAAGGGCUCAUUGAUUGUCCAUUUUCGUGUCUAUCUUGAUCGGAAAAAGAUUAUUCAAGCUCGAAAUUCAUUAGCAUAUUCAAGGAAAUCUAUCGAAUCAAAAUUGACUCAAGAAACAGAGGAAAGGUCACCAGGAUCAUCACGCAAUGAUCAACUGAUUCCAAGUUUGGUUCAACAGGAAUUGAAAGAAGGAUUGAUUCAGUUGAGGAUGGUUGGUCCAGGUAGACCAGAAAUUGAUUUUGAUUCACUAAUUGUUACAUCUUAUCACACGGAUCCAAUGUUGAACUUGAAAGAUCAAUCAAUGCCAUUACAGAUUCGAGGAAAUAUAUUUUAUGAGAAAAACAGCGAAGAUACACCCAUUGAUUCUGUAUUAACAGCUAUCCACCUUAAACCUUUAAAGUCAACCCGAAGACCCACCUUGACCCCAACAAGAGGCCCAACCGUAGGAACAUCAUCAACCUCACUAGCCAUUUCAACUACCACAUCAACAACAACAUCAACAACUACAACACCUUUACCCUCUUCAAAGCCAAAUAAAUAUCAAUCAAAACCUUCAACUUUUGACAGUAACAAUAAUAUUCUUACGGAUGAACGUAAAACGUUUCUUUAUCCAACAAACGAUAAUCGGCGUCAUUCAAAUUAUCACUCUAGUAACUCACCAUCAUUAAUCAAUCGAUUUGCUGAACGACUUCGCCCUUCAAAACCAUCUUUAACAACUGUGAGACCUGUAACAGCUAGUACAACACCAACUACCACAACUACUGGAUUGCCCAUAAUAACAUCAGGAUUAGUAAGGGUUGUAUUACCAAGAGCACCAACUACUGCAACUACUACCACAACAAAGGCACCUUUUGUAUCAACCACGAGGAGAGUAAGAAUGACACCAUCAACAACCAGUACUCCAACCUCAACAACUUCAACAUCGACUACAACGACCACAACAACCUCUACAACGACAACUACAACUCCAGAGCCACCCGCUGUUUCUACCGAGGUAACCAAGCUAACAAGUCGAGAUCCAAGUUCAUUUACACGUAAAACAACUCGAACACGAAUCGAUUUUCCAAUGCUACUAGCAGGCUUAAGGUCAACUGUUGCACCAUCAACGACCGUCUCUGUGGGAACCAUUUCACCCAUUCCUUCCAAUCAUAAACCACCUCCAGGGACAUCAAUAAAGGUUACCUCUCUUGACUUUGGCCAAUGGAGGCCUUUGUCUCCAUUUAAAUCAUCCAAUCAACAAAAAUCUCAGGCAAUUCAUUUAAUGCCUUCAUUAUCAUCGCCAUCUUCAUCAUCAAAUUUUGCCUCUCAGUCACCGUCCAUAUCACAAUUUGCUCAUUUAAAGCCACCUCAAAUCCCAUCGUCAUCGUCAUCGUCAUCAUCAUCAUUGGAUUUUUCCUCUCGCGUAAAAAAUCGAUUUUCAAACAAACCUGAACAAAAUAAAAUGCCGCUAGUGAUUGCUGUUAGUCCAGGUGAACAUAUUAGACGUCGAAUACCAAUAUCAGCAUUAUAGUGAAAGUAGAUACAAGUGAAUACGGAACAUGGACUUGUUUUUGGCCAAAUGAUUUACGAAUGAUGUCAAUAAAGCAGAUCGAGUUGAAUGAAUUACUAAAUUGUACAUUUAACCUAUCUUCGUGAUAUCAUACAAUUGCAAUAUUUGUCAAGCACAAAGUGUGAAACCAAAUCAACUGCAGGUUCAGUGCUAAUUUAUCAAAACAUAUUUAAAAUAUGUUGCAUAAAUGGUUUGAUCAACGUUGGCAAAACACAAGUUAUAAAUUAACGCAAUUUUAUAUUGAAAUUAAUAUAUAUAACAAAUCUUAUUCCUUCUAUUUUUGUAAUUGAUAUAAAAUACCCGCAUUAACGCAAUACAGUCUAUCAUUUUAGGCUGAAAAUAAUUAUUUCCAAUUAAUUUUUUAAGCUUGAUUUUGUAAAAAAAAACUCGGUGACAAGACGUAUUGUAAAAUUUAAUUUAACAUUCUAAUUAUGAAAGAAAUAAAUUACCUG